UCCACAGCAGAGGUCCUCCUCCCCCAUGUCUCCAUCAACGCCAUUACCUAUGAAUACGAAAUUGUGGAGUCUCUAAGCUUACAAAUAUCAAGAUUCAGCGGCUCUUACAAUCUCCCUGGUGCUCAAGGGGUUCGAGGAUAUAGUCAGGACUGAAUAUGAAAUGACUGGGGACGUAGUCCUCCGUCAGACGAUGGCUGGUGCCAUCAGUAAACACUUGGACAACUUUUACCAACCAAAGAUUCCGGAGGCUCCUUUCCCACAUGAGCUGACUAGACAUGUCAUACAGGCCAUGAAGUUGGAAUAUGAAUGGCUGCAGCCACAGCUCAUCGUAAUGCAAGAAUGCCUAGUGUCUGCGGACACUGAAGUUGCCGAGAUGAAAGCUGGGAAGAAAGCGAUGCAGAACAGAUUGGAAGCAAUGACUGCCACUGUGGAGCAGGGUCAUAAGCUCCUUCAUGAUACCAGCAAGUGCCGUCAUUGUGGAAUGCUGUUUCUUGAUAUUCUCGAGACGAACACAGCCAAUGGCUUGAGCUAUAUUGUUUGUUGCAAAGACUGUCGCACAAAGCGCUCCCAGGUGGUUGGUCCAGGUAAGCGC